UUUCUUGCUGUUAGCGAGAACACAGGUGUUUUGUAAGAGGUAAUCCCUAUGAGAUGGGUAGGAAGUCUACCUUCAGUUCACUUUCAUUGUCACCAUGGCGCCUCACACCGCCUACACUCUCUUUUUUCUUCUGAUUCUCCAGCUAUGCAACGGCCUUAGCUAUUAUGACUACUUCGUUCCGGAUGGGGUACCCGAGGCUGGUCUGGUGGCGGAGGGUGACUCCUUUACCCUUAAUAACAAGGAAAUCCUAAUACUUUCGGGAGCCUUCCACUACUUCCGCGUCCACCCAAGCCACUGGAGGGAUACCCUGAAGAAGCUGAGGGCUGCCGGACUCAACACCGUUGAAACUUACGUCCCCUGGAACCUGCACGAGCCGCGUCAGGGCGUUUACGACUUCGGAGACUUGGGCGAGGACAUGUCAGCCUUUCUGGAUGUCCGGGCUUUUAUCCAGAUGGCGCAGGAGGAAGAUCUCUUAGUCAUCUUGAGGCCAGGCCCUUACAUUUGCGCCGAGUGGGAAUUUGGAGGGAUGCCCAGCUGGCUCCUUCGUGACCACACCAUGCAAGUCAGGACAUACUACGACGGUUUCAGAAUUCCUUUGCAGGUCUACUUCGACAACUUACUUCCGAAACUUGUCGAUCUCCAGUUUACAAGAGGGGGUCCUAUCAUCGCAGUUCAGAUUGAGAACGAGUACGGUAAUUUUGGAUACCCUGGCAUGCCCCACGACAAGGAGUACCUAGAGGCAAUCAAGGAGACCCUCACUGCCAAUGGUUUCAGCGAGUCCCUCUACUUCACUUCGGAUACGCCUGUCAAGGGUGGGGAUAGCGGUUCGCUACCCGGAGUGCUCAUGACUGCUAACUUCAACACCAAUGGUGAAGAGAACCUCUCCCUUCUGAAGGAGAUGCAGCCGAACCGACCCCUUAUGGUGAUGGAAUUCUGGACAGGAUGGUUCGACCAUUGGCUGGCUCCGUUUCACGUUCGUACAUCAAAACAAAAUUUUGGCGACAUGUUGGAACUGAUCUUGCGUCACAAUUCCUCCGUGAACAUGUACAUGUUCAUCGGAGGCACCAGUUUCGGCUUUAUGGCCGGUGCCAAUACCCUCGACAUCUGGCCCCAUUACGCCCCUGAAACAUCGACCUACGAUUACGACGCGCCCUUAUCCGAAGCUGGAGAUUACGGGGAGAAGUACGCCGUUGCCAAAGAAGUUAUUGCCAGGUAUAAUCCGCUGGAGAGCGUCGUCACCCACCCCGAACCGCCUCCACAACGAGUGAAAGCCUCUUACCCAGAAGUGGCUAUUUCGGAGUCCCUAGACUUUGCAACCUUGCUUUCCCAGCAAAAGAGUUUUGAAACCGACGAAGGUCCCAUGAGCAUGGAGCUACUUCCGGUCAACGACAACAACGGCCAAUCCUACGGCUACGUCGUGUACACGACACACGCGAAUCUCACGCCCAAUUCGUCACUUCAGAUCCGGUACCACGUAAGAGAUAUGGCUCAGGUUUUAGUCGACGGUGUUGUGGUGACGAAGCCUUACGGAGGAUUACUGGACGUUAGCAGCUUUGGGUUCUGGAAUGCCAAGGACAAGUCUCUCGACUUACCAGGCCAAGACAAGGUGGCUGAGGUCACGAUCAUGGUCGAGAACCUGGGUCGGGUCAACUACGGCAGGCCCCACAAGUUCCACCAGCAGAAGGGCUUGUGGGAGGGUCCUGUUCUCAUAGAUGGAGUCCAGAUUGACCAGUGGGUCAUCCACUCCAUGGAGCUGAAGGGUGGCCAGGUCACCAACCUGACAGGUUGGGUUCCAUUCGCCAGUCCUUUGGAGACGCCGGCUAUGUACCGCGGAGUCCUCCACCUCGACGGACCUGCGGAGGACACCUUUCUGGAUAUGAGCGGGUGGAAUAAAGGCGCCGUGUUCAUCAACGGAUUCAAUCUGGGGCGGUACUGGGUCGAGGGCCCUCCCAGGACGCUCUACCUGCCCGCCCCGCUUCUCAAAGAGGGAGACAACGAGAUCGUUGCCUUUGAACAAUACGCACCAGGACCUGCCUUCGUUUUCAGAGAUUCGCCAAUUUUGGGAUAAUUUGCAAAGAAAAACAUUUAAAA